AGCAUAAAAAGGAAGGAAAGGCUUCAAGACAUCAGUCGUUCACUGUGUUUUUACAGCUGAAAGUCCCAGGAACGUGGCACAUUUUACCAUACUCAUUAAAGACAAAUAAUAUGGAUCACACAGAAGUACUGAAGCCACAGACAUUAGAUGAACUCAUUCAGAUCCUGCAUGAGAUAUUUGCCAGCGAUAAGGUUAAUAUAGAAGAAGUUCAGAACAUAGUUGAAUCAUAUGAAAGCAAUCCCCAGGAAUGGAUGAAAUUUGCCAAAUUUGACCAGUACAGAUACACCCGGAAUCUUGUGGAUGAAGGAAAUGGGAAAUUUAACUUGAUGAUUCUCUGCUGGGGUGAAGGACACGGCAGUAGUAUCCAUGACCACACAAAUUCCCACUGCUUCUUGAAGAUACUUCAGGGAAGUCUCAAAGAGACAUUGUACGAAUGGCCACAGAAAAAGAAUAAUGGCGAGAUGGUUAAGAAAUCUGAAGGAGUGCUGAAGCUUGACCAGUGUGCUUAUAUGAAUGACAGUAUUGGUCUUCAUCGUGUGGAGAACCCAAGUCAUACAGAGACCGCUGUAAGCCUCCACUUGUACAGCCCACCAUUUGAUCAGUGCCACACUUUUGAUCAAAGGACGGGGCAUAAAAAUACAGUUAAAAUGACAUUUUGGAGCAAAUAUGGGGAAAGGACACCAAUUGCUGCUGUCCAGUCACAAGAAAACAACUGAAAAACAUCUUUACUAGUUCUGGACAUGUUUGAAAAUACUGUGGAGCCAUUGGAUAUGCUGUAGUUUUGCGAUACUUGUUAGCCUCUUGACCACACUGUAAAUAUACCUGUAGCAGGACUCACAAGAGGACAAUAUGGAAUACUGUAACAAAUAGCAAAUCAUUUCUACACAUGGAUAAAACAUUUGUGCAAUGGGCUAUUAUAAAUGUAAAAUUGAUAUUAACAAAGGUUUUUUUUUUUUAUUAUUUGUUUUUUUUAUUUGAACAUGUCAAUAUUUUUAUGUAUAGAUUAUAACAUCUUUGGUUCAACAAUUGUAAAUUUUGAUCAACCUGUUUUUAGAACAUUAGUAAAUGAAUUUGGUUCAAAAUCAUUAAAUAUAUGUAUAUUUUUA